CUGAACACAAACCACCGCACACUUUUACCCACGAAGAUAAGCAAUCGGAUAAUGACAAACGAUUCGAUUUGCGUUUAAAUGGUCAAGUCAAAUGAUGAACAAGAAAACUGACGGCGAAAUAUGCCAAAUCCAAGAAAGCACGAUCAUAACACUGGCUCAAAUGACUUAAGUGAAAUCUGGAGUCAUGGUUCCACAUUUUCACAAAAAAGGCUGAGAACAAACAAAUCGGGUAAAAGUCAGAAACUGACACCCCAAUCUUCACCUUCUGUCAGGAAGUCACCACAUACUCGGUCUAAAGAUCUGGAGACCCCCAAACGACGAGCGAGGGGCAGAUACACGGGUUUAAACAACACUGCUGAUUCCCCCGGGGAUGGAGAUAUUUUACAAGACAUCAUAUGGGACCCGGCAUCACCUACUCCUGCUAGAAGUGGCGAAGGGCCCGGCAACACCAGAGUUGUUGAGAUAUCAGACAUUGUCAAUCGGAUCGCCCCUAAGGAUGCCCAGCAUGUCUCUGUGGAUAGUCCUCUGCUCCAGUGGAUUGGGGACAGUGCUGUCCCAUGUACCCCAGAGGUACGCCCGCCCAAAGCAAGGAAGAGAUCCACUCGGAAAAGCUCAGUGGAGGACUUGAUGCAGCUGGCCAGGCAGUUUGACAUCAACAUGCACCAGCAGGACCGAGAGAAGAGGAGCGCUGAACACACAAACAAUACCAUAAACAACAACCGCUACGGGGAGGAACCCAAGGGCCCGACGACAAUGUCGUCAUCAGCCCAGCAGGUAGAGGCGGAGCUUAACGCUCUGUUCGACGGGCCGACGCAGCGAGUCACCGGACGGCUCAGCCAAGGGUCGACCGCCUCCACCUGUUCUCAGGAGGUCAAGGUUCAAGUUGGGGUCAGCCGUCUCACUGCCAAUGACCUCGUCAAAGAGUCGGAGGUCAAGCCUGGCGGGGGAAGCACGUCUGGUUCAUCGGCUCGUACUGGUAAAGAGGAAGUGGGACAGUGGAACGCCAUGACGACUGUGGCGAAAGACGAGGACUUUGACUGGGAGGAUGAUGACCUUCUCAGUGACCCUAUCGUGUUGGAGAUGACCCAGAAUCCCGAGGGGCUGAAAACGCUGUCCCCCAAACCCAGCAGCUCACUGACUCUGAGCACUGACAGAGACCACACACAGCUGCUGACAGAUACAGAGAAGACCCUACCACCCUCCUCUACUACCUCUAAUCCUAUCAGCCUGCCAUCUCACUCUGUCUGGAAGGGGACAAGCACACACCUUCAACCCUCAAACAGAGGUGGCCUCACUGGGCCAUGUCCUAAACCCAAGCCCACCAGCAGAAGCACUUUCCUGCUGGAGCCCAACCUUUGUUUCCAGGUGAAUAUGGCUCCGACAACCAAAGAAGCACUCAGACCGUUCCUCACUGUUGGAGAGGCCCAGCCUGAGAGACCCAGGCCCGGCGUGUCUGCGGCUGUGGGGAGUAGGGGCCCCAGUAGAGACUCUGCAGAAGGGAAGGCUGAUGGGGUGAGCACAGCCACAACUCCAACCUCACGUGGAACCACAGCCCCAGACUCAGCUUUCAAAGACCUCUCAGAGGAGGACCUCCAGUCCCUGUUUGACUCUGAGUUGCUUUGGAACGACGACGAAGGUGACGAUGACGAACUGCUGUAUCAGGUGUGUGACGACAUGGAGAGGAUCUCCAACAGUCAGCACCUGUCCAAGGAGGCCUCCGUAACCAUGGAUGCCACUGAGAUCCGCUUCCAAGAGAGCAAACCGAAAGCUCCUCCAUCCGCCCCUCUGGCUGCAACGAGAGAGGGGACUGUGACUAUAGAUAUGGCUGUAGGUGGUCCUAGCAGUAAACAGUCAACCACCUGCACGUCUGGCCGCUCCAACUCAGCACCAGGAGAUGGGAGCAGCACCCCUGUGCACUUUCAGAGAUGGAACAUUCCAGCGAAAGCAGGAAAUGUUUGGGUCGGACAUCAUACAGUCACGUCCCAGAACCAUCUAGGCAGCGGGGAGGGUCUGGGCAAGUUUACCCAGCUGAAGGGUGCUCCAGGCUGUGGAACAUUUGGCCUAGGAUCCCUUGGAGUUAGAACCUUCCAAGCGGAGAACUCAAAGUCGGUCAUGCCACGGACAGUGUCGGCGAGAACCCUCCCAAACUCAAAUUCCCAUCAUGCGUCAUCGUUCAAGAGACAUCUGUCGGACUCGGCCGCCAUCGGCAACAAAGUGUUUGUCAACAGUCAGAUGACGGGGAGAUGCACGGAGGAGGAGAUUGAGAGGAAGAAGCAGGAGGCCAUAGCCAGAAGAAGGACCAGAGAAACCUCCCUAAAAGCAGGGGGACUUCCUCUGUGACUCAACACUGGGACACUAGAUUAAUACACAGUAAACCACAAUACCUGUAGAAUAGCUAUCCUAUGCUAGGCAGGUAC